AUGUCUGUGCGGGGAAUCCGCAUCUCCCCCCCUGGGGGCCCCGGGGCCUCGCCGAGGGGCCCCGGGGGCCCCCGGGGGGCCCCCGGGGGCCCCGGGGGCCCCUCGGAGGGUUUUGGAGUUGGGGGAAUUGGCUAUGCUGCUUUAAACCAAAACACUCGCUGCAUUGUUGCAGCAACUCGUCGAGGGUUUGUGGUUUACAGCACGGAGCCUUUCAAGAAGACCUUCCAGAGAGAGCUGAUCCCCUGCCGCGGGGAAGACUCUGAGGAGGAAAGCCGCUGCUGCAUCUCUUUGGUGGAAAUGCUCUACACUUGCAACAUAUUGGGAGUGGUGGGGAAAGGCCACGGAGAACUCUGGAGAGAAAGCACUUGCGUGCUUUGGGACGACCGCCAGGCGCGCUCGAUUGUGCAGCUCGACUUCGCAGACAAAGUGGUGAAGCCGAACGCGAAAAAGAUUCGGCGAUUGCCUCAAGGAAUCAUUUUAGGGCCAGUUGGUUCGUUCGUGCGUGGAGCUGGCGAAGCUGUGGCGGACUGA